UCAAAAUUACCAUAAAUACACAGUUGAACUGUGUGUGUGUCUAUGUGUGAUGACUUUAUACAGUGGGUUACACUUUAUGAAUCUAAAUACUGAAAUAAAUCAACUAUUUGAUCAUAUUUGUAUUUAUUGAAAUGGAGCUGGAUGGUAUUUUUUACACAUUGUUUUAGUUUUUUGAAAUAGUUGUGUUUCUCCACGGCCUUACUAUCUUUAAAAGCGAUAAUUCCAUAGAACUUCUCCAGGGGAUGGCGCUAGUUUCCAAAGUAUGACAAACAUGAGUUUGAUCGAUUAUUCGUGUUUUACGGUUUCAUCCGGAAGUGUUGCACGCUGUCGGCUCUCUGUUGCCAUCUACUGACUGCCAGGAGUUUAACUUUUGCUUCCAUAUGGAGAACUUCCUGCCGUCAACAUCAUGAUCAGACUUUGAGGCAAACAGAGGACGGGAACGGUGUGCUUGAUUCAGCGGUUCCCUCUGAGCAGAAGCCGAGCGGAGCGGCUGCAGAGCCCGAUCCCGCCCCCGCUGUCUGUCCGUCAGUGUCACCGUCACAUACGGAGUGCUGGAAACCAGCGCGCGACUUUCAGCUCUCGAGCGCUUCUUCACUCUCCCUCCCACGCGCGCAACUUGAGCCAGCCUCAGAACCGCGACAAUGUCCGAAUACUUCAGCCUGUCUGACUGCGACGUCAUCGGCUUCGAUCUGGACCACACGCUGUGCCGCUACCAUCUGAAGGAGACCUCCAGGCUAAUCUAUGAGAGCUUUGCUAGGUAUCUGGUGGAGCACAAGGGAUACGACAAAGACCUCCUGAAUCUGACUCCUGCUGUCUGGGAUUUCUGUUUUAAGGGGUUAGUUGUGGACCUGGAGGACGGAAACCUUGUGAAGUUGGCUGAAGAUGGCACUGUCUUACGGGCAACACAUGGAACCAAUGACCUCAGCACAGAAGAAAUCAUCAAACAUUACGGACCACAACGGGAGUGGAAGCACUUCAACAGCCUAAAUACCUCCUUCACAAGAUCAGGUGGGAAGGUUACUACCUACGCAAAAUACUACUUCUAUGACAAUUACUUUGAUCUGCCAGGUGCUCUGCUCUGUGGAAAAGUGGUGGACAUGUUACACAAGCGAGGGAACGAGGUGAACUCUGACUUUUGGAAAGACAUGGUGGCUGCCAUUGAUCAUAAUUAUAAUACAUCUGCAUUCAAAGAAGAUGCAGGGACUUAUUUCCCCAGCAUAAAGAGGGAUCCAGGCCGUUAUUUGCAGCCCUGCUCAGACUCCGUGAAGACAUGGCUGCGCAGCAUGAAAAACGCCGGGAAGGUUCUCAUCCUCAUCACCAGCUCCCACAGUGACUAUUGCAGGCUCAUCUGUGAACACAUCCUGGGGAAGGAUUUUGAGGAGCUGUUUGACGUCAUCAUCACAAACGCCCUGAAGCCUGGUUUUUUUUCCUUGGUACCCCAGCAGAGGCCCUUUAGGACCCUUGUGAAUGAUGUGGAAGAAGUGGAGGGGCUGCCAUUGCUGGACAAGCCCGGCUGGUACUCCCAGGGCAACUGGCCACACCUCCACGAGCUGCUGAAGACCAUGACAGGAAAACAAGAACCCAUGGUUGCGUAUUUUGGAGAUAGCAUGAGGUCCGACAUAUUCCCCGCCACCACCUUUGGGAAGUGGGAGACUGUGAUGAUAGUGGAGGAAAUGGAGGGAGAGGGCGUUCCGAAGAGUGACGCGGCAAUGUCCAACGAGGCCCAAGUGGAGCCGCAGGAGAAGAGAGGAAAGUUUGAGGGGCAGGGCAUGAAGUCACCCUCUGCAGUGUCCAACCAGUGGGGCUCCUACUUUGUUGACGUGCACAGAAGUGGAGGAGGCGACGAGGAGCACCAGAUACUGACGUGGUGCUGUCACUGUAUUCACUCAUACAGCACCAUGGCCAUUCCCAGUGUGGAACACAUAGCAGAUCUUCCCCUGGAUUACAAGUUCCCCAGGUUUUCCCCAGAUAAGCCCUGCACUGUCGGCUACUACCCCAGGCCUCCGGAUUCUGUGUUGAAGAUGUGUGAGGAUCUGUCCUAAAAGGGGGAAAAAAACAUAAUAAUAAGGAAAAGAAAGAAAGUCCUCCCUAGAACCCCUGCCUCAGGAGAGGACUUGCCUCUGUUUUUUUGCCCGUAGUUCCCAGUCGACCCUAAUAUCGCAGGGCCCAUACACUCAUCCACCCAUUCAGAGAAACCAUGUGAAUGUAAGCCACAGUAACUACAUGUGAAAGUUGAUUUGUGGUUUAGUGUCCCAAAUCUGUGGAAAUACAAAAAAAUAACUGUGUUCCUCUCUUGUUUGAAACAGCUGAAUCCUCCCAGCUGCUCUAAAAUAAGGUGAACUUCUGUUUGUCUGUCUUACCGUGAACUGAUUACCUCAAAAAUACUGUCAACUAAACAGAUGUACUCAUCCGUUCAGAACCACAUUCAUUAUUAGUUUUUCUGUACAACACUGUUAUUGUGAAGUUUUCUAUUUUAAUUAUGGGUUAUAUGUAUAUAUUUUAGUAACCUUAACAUGAGGGUAAAGGCUUGCCCUGUGCAGGUUACUGUUGCUACACAACUAGCACAAUGCUGUCCUUUUAUGUUGGGUGUGCAUGGAAGUCACUUCAUGGUAAUAAUGGAAGAUAAAGACUAUGCUAAAUAUUCUGUGCAUUAUUUAAGCAAAGUGUGACAUGUGCUUCUUGGGUGAUCAUGUAGAGAUGUGAACUAUGUGUGCUUCAUCCGUGUGUACAUUGACACAUGCUUUACCGACUUCUGAAUGGGUGUUAUGUCCGUUGCAUUGAUAAGUUGUGCCAUAAUACUUUUGGAAGACUCAAGUCUGUGGAAGUCUGUUAGUCGCUGUUAAUAAUCAGUCUUAACCACACAAAGUACACAUGGGAAACAAUUAGAAUGACUCGAGACUAAGCCUGAACAACAUAGUUGAGCAUGAUGUCCAGAGAUCCAGCAGAACUAAGAUCAGCUGAUCCUGGUCCUGAUCAGUCUUGAUCUUCAUACUGGCUGCCCACAUGCAAUCAGCACUUAAAUUACAAGCAAUGUUGCUGUACAUAAUCCUCAACAUAUAUGAAUCAGAUAUUGCUGGUGAACAUAUUUCUCAGAUUAAAACAGACACGGCGCAUCAUAAAGUGUUUUUGCUCUUAUUGCACCCCGGACAUCACAGUUUAAUGAUGAGUUACAGGCUGUUUCCAGAGCAUCUGAUAGUUACAACAGAGACUUAAGACAUUUUUACUGGCACUUGAUGGGAUUUGAUAGGAGGGACCUUUGGGGUUUGCAUCAGGUCAGGUAGGAAUAUAAAGAAACCUCCUAAUAUGUUGGAUGGACUCCGUACAACAAUGUGCCAACUACCUGCAACACUAGACUCUUGAUUUCACCACUUGUCCACUGAAGCCUAAUGUAGACAUACCAGCUGCUUGCAAACCUAAAAUACAGCUCUGGUCAGUAGCCUGUCAUUUAAAAACUUUAUACAGUAGACGCCUUCUGAUGGAAGGAGGUUUUCAUGCUGUUUUGGGGUUGGUUUAUUUCACAGCUGCUUGUAUUGGGGAUGAAUGUUCAUUAUUCUGAUGUACGUUGGCAAAGACAAAUCAGAGGACCUGUAAAGUGUGACACAGCAAAACAGCUAAUAACAGGUAUCAUUGCCACAACAAAUGAGCAGUUAUACUGCUGGUCAUCAGUCACGCCUAUCUUGCCAAAAUAAUUGCCACCUCUUAGAUGAUUUGGUGUCAUCUGUUCACUAUGACCUUGUUUUCUCCAUUUGCACUAUUGAUGUGAAACACAAUAAGGUUCUGUUUGGUAUAUUCCAGUAUCUGUGACUGUGCCAAGGUGGGCUAUACACAAAGGAGACCGACCGUAAGUUAGAAGAAUGUUGGACAUGUUCCUUGAAGAUCAUUUCACAUUUCAACGGGACAAGAUUCUGUCUCUAAAAACGAAACAUGGAUGUGAGACUGGUUAUCCAAUGUGAACUGUUAGUUGUGCUGUGUGUGAAAAUGUUUUAUGCAUACAACUGUUGUGAUUGUACCUGUACAUCUUCUUCUGACAAGGAAAUUAUUUGCACAUUUGCCUUAUGUUGGACUGAUUUGUGGUUUUAGGUUCUUGAAAAGGCAGAGGGAGUUCAUUUCUGUGUUUAGGUGUUGAGGUACUGUAAUCGAAAUAAAAUGUUCUAUGAUUUCUACAUAA